AUGGCGAGCACGGCGGGGGCGAGGAGGUCGACGACGUCGUCCCUGGCGAAGAGGCACGCCUCUGUUUCGGAGAAUACCGGGAAGACGGCGGUGGCGGCGGCCGCCGCCGCCGCGAAGAAGCGACCGGCGCUGGCCAACAUCACCAAUCAGAGGCAUGGGGGUGUUCCUCAGGGUUCGGGCCGGGCCCAUGUUCCGGAGUCGUCGAAAAUUGUGCCCUGUUCCACGAAAAUCGCGAUCAAUAAGAAGGGGACUUUGGCAUCAAAAAACGCGGUUAAUCUGCCACAAACUUCAACUGUAAAGCAAAAUGUGGCUGCCACAGUUCGAGCUGCUACAUCUUUACCAAAGAGUGAUGUUAUGCUCUCUAAGCCUAAUGUAGCCUCGAUUUCAUACAGUGUGGAACUUUCUGUAGAUAAAUCCGAUUCGUUGUCCGUAUCUAUGGAUGAAUCUAUUUCCACCUGUGAUUCCCUUAAUAGCCCGAAUAUCGAAUACAUGGAUAGCGAUGAUCUAGCUGCAGUUGAUUCCAUCGAGCGGAAAGCAUCCAAUUCGCUGUGCAUAUCGAAAAACGAGGAAGUUGCAGGAAAUAUGUGCAAGCGUGAUUUUCUUGCAGCAAUAGAAUCGGAUGAGAGAAUUGUGGACGUUGAUGAGAAUAUGGAUGAUCCGCAGUUAUGUGCAACAAUCGCGUGUGAUAUCUACAAGCACUUACGAGCUUCCGAGGUAAAGAAAAGGCCAGCUACUAACUUCAUGGAAAAGGUGCAAAAGGACAUUAAUGCUAGCAUGCGAGCAAUUCUCAUCGAUUGGCUUGUUGAGGUUGCAGAGGAAUAUAGGCUUGUUCCGGACACAUUGUAUCUGACUGUUAACUACAUUGACCGUUUUCUUUCGGGAAAUGUUAUGGAUAGACAAAGAUUGCAAUUGCUUGGCGUGGCUUGCAUGAUGAUUGCCUCGAAAUAUGAAGAGAUUUGCGCGCCUCAGGUGGAAGAAUUCUGCUACAUAACCGACAACACAUAUUUCAAAGACGAGGUUCUGCAAAUGGAGUCCGAUGUAUUGAAUUACCUGAAAUUCGAAAUGACAGCACCCACGGCUAAAUGUUUCUUGCGGAGGUUUGUUCGUGCCGCACAAGGUCUCAAUGAGGCUCCUUUACUGCAAUUGGAGUGCUUGGCGAACUACAUUGCCGAGUUAUCUCUACUCGAGUACAAUUUGCUAUGUUAUGCACCAUCGAUUAUAGCAGCUUCAUCGAUUUUCUUGGCCAAGUUCAUUCUUUUACCUGCCAAAAAGCCCUGGAAUUCGACUUUGCAUCAUUACACACUUUACCAGCCGCAUGAUUUACGAGAUUGUGUGAUGGCAUUACACGGGCUAUGCUGUAAUAACCAUAAUUCUAGUUUGCCUGCAGUUAGGGAGAAGUACAGUCAGCACAAGUACAAAUUCGUCGCGAAGAAGUACUGCCCUCCAUCAAUACCUUUGGAAUAUUUCGACAACUUUUAG